CACAGUGUUUCAGAAAUUAGUAUUGAUUAAACAAACGUAACUCAGUUAUCCUCGGAUGAUGGGGCAACGACAGUCGUUACAUAAUUUCUACGUUACAAACUUUAUACAGUAUAACAUAACCUUUCUUAAUGAAAGCCUACUUUGAAUUUACCGGCUUUAUAAAAUUCCAGAAUGUAUUAUGACUCGACUUUAAAAAAUGAUGAUAAAAGUGUUGCCGAAUAAAUUCAUCUUAAACUGAUGACAUUUUUUUCAAUUGUUUUGCAUCGUUAACCCUUUAAUUUUUUUGUAAAUUUUAUAAAAAUAUGACAAAAAUUAUUGCAGAGUAAACAACAUUGAUGUUGGUAGCUGCAAUAUAUAUAAAAAAGUUAUUAGUUUAACAUAUAACAAUACAAGAAAAAUACUGUCGUGCAGCACUAUUGUUCUGCUUGAAUGCGGUUGGCAUAGCAACGGUGCAAAGCUUGUGAUAAAGGCUUAUUAAAAAAGAAUUCUGCAAGGUCAAAACCAUGGGAGAGAAUGACAAUGUGAAGAAGGCACAGGUUAACAGGAAGGGAAGAGGGCGUUUGUAUAUUCCUCAUGGAAGGGGGGAAGAAGCUGUGUACAAACCUCAUACAGAACAUAUUAAAGUUUCAUACACCCAGUGUGGCCCAGACUGGAGUUCUCGCCUAAGAUGGCUACCGUCACCAAAACCAAAGAAAGGCAAAGAUCGUGAAACAACUUUCCACCCACCAAUGAAAUCCAUUCGUCAUUUUCCACACCAGCAUAAUGUUUCAACUGGCAAGGAAUAUAAGUUCUAUCCUCCACAUGGCAUUCCUAUUGUCUACGGCAAAGGAAAAGCAACAUUGUUCAAUGCCACACACAAAGCUUCCCAAAUAUCAAACACAGAGAUUAGCGAUACUUUAAGGUUUGGGUCGCAUGGUCUUGUUACAGACCCAAGGAAUAAUAUAACAGAAGUAUCUCCUGGCGAUAAACCGUACCAAGCUGCUGAAUAUUCAGUAGAUUUUCAUAAGUUUGGAUCAACUAGGCCUGUUGUUAAUUUUGGAGGUUUUCAACUUCAGAAAGAACAAACAUUCAUCCCAAUGUCUGAAACAACGAAAACACAGACGAAACCUUACCAUGUAAAGGAAGAACAAAGAAAGAAAAUUGCAGAAGUUGAAGUUGUGAUUGGGUUGGAAGACUGGAGACCUGCUUCACCACUUAUUGUUCCUGUUACUGAUGUAAAAAUGUAGCGUGAAUAAAAAGUACAGCAAACAUCACUGUAAGGUUGCUGAGAAUAUACAAUUGCAACUGGGAACUAUACACCCUUGCACUUUCUGUAUUUAAAACCUGUAUAAUAUUAAGCUCUGAUAACUUCAAAUACCUUGAUGUAAAAUAAAUCUGAUCUGAAGAAAUUACAUUAAAAACUGUUUUCACAUCCUCCUUAACUAUUCCCAAAAUACUGUUUUUUAACAUAUAUAGCACAUUGUUGUGCAGAAUACUGUCAAACACUAAGUUUUAAUGACCAUCUACCAAUGGAUAGUAAAAACUUAUUAUCUUAUUCAGUGUUAUUUUUUAUAGUAGACCCAUUUUUCUUAAAUAACUGUGAAAAGCUAACUUAAUAGUAUUGGUAUUCAACUGUAUCCUAUAAAAGGCUUUAGUGCUCGUUUAAAUACAAUAACUUAUGUUU